AUGACUACAGCAUUGCAAAGGGGUGAUGUGGAACUUCUUCAUGACUUAGUACUAGAAGGGCAUGGAAAACAUUUAAUUGGUAAAACUUCGUGGAAUGAAGACGUUAAAUCCUUCCUCAAAGAGCUUCCUACCUUAUUAAACAGCAUCCAAACUUUCCACGAAGCUAUAAGGAAUGGAGAUGUUGACAAAGUAAAGGAAUUGAUGGCUAACAAUGAAAAAUUCAUGAGAGCUCGCGAUGAAACGGGAGCUUUACCCCUGCAUCUGGCUGCUGCCUCGGAGUCUCAUCAUGUACUUCAGUAUUUUGCCGAUCAUUACCCAAGUACCCUCAACGUAAAAGAUGCGAUGGGCAGAACGGCACUGCACAUCGUAAGCCAAAAAGGAAAUCAUUCUCUUUACAAAAUGCUGAAACAAGCAGGCGCCGAUCCAAAAAUUUUAGAUCAGAAAGGCAGAACUGCAGACUUUUAUUUACAAAGUGCAAAAUCUGAACAUUCACCAAGAAAAUCAAUAUCGGACUCUUCUAAAACACCACUAAAAUCUAAUCUUGAUGGUAUGCAUUCUAGUUCCGUGUCUGACAGAGCUUCGAAAAACAGUCAAAAUGCUAUAAAUAAGAGAAAGUCUCUAACAACAGAAGAAAAAACUGGAAAUAAAGCCAGGGAAGAGAAUUCUGAAUUAAAAUCUCAGGAAGAUAGUAGUCAAAACGUUAAUCAGAAACUUGAGAGCACAGAGUCAGAUAAAUCGAACGAAGCAAUAGAAGAUAAUGAAGCCGUUAAAGGAAGUCAAGAAAAUGAAGUUAAAUCAGCGGAAGUCACUGAUAAAACUAAAGAACCUCUGAAUGAAAGUGCAGAACCAAUGACCAAUGACGAAAGCGCUCAAAACGAACAUGAAUCUGAUGAUAAAAAUGAAAAUAAUGUAGAUGAAGAUGAGGAACUAAAGACACAUUUAGCUGUUUCUGAAACUAACGAAGGACUUGAAGAUCAUGGUGAAGAUAAAAAUCCGACUGAUAAUGACGCAGAUACAAAAGUGGCUGAUAAUGAUGAAACUACAAACGCGGUUAACGCGAUUGACAUUAAUGAUAAUAAUCCCUCAGAUGAAGUUACAGAACAUAAAAAUGAUGAAGCCAACUCUGAUAUCGAUGAAGGAAAUGAAGAUGCUAGUAACACUACAGAUGAAGAUGACGAUGAAGACUCGAGAAAGACAGAAAUAGAAGUCGUUAAGCCUAAUUCAGAAAAUGUUAAAAAUUCGAAUGAAGAAGAAUUGUCCGAGAAUGAAGAAAAUACGAAAGAAGAAAGUACCGAAGAGGAAACAGACAAGGGGCCGCCAAAAGAAUCAGAAGCUGUGGAUAACGUUAGUGACAGAGAAGAUGAGGAAGGCAAUGAAAAAUCUGGUGCAGAAGAUGAGAAGGAAGAUGUUAAUCAUAACGAUGAUGCAACUGAGGCUGAUAACAAUACUUCCUCAGAUGUGAAAACAUCUUGUACUGAAGAGAAGAAAGAUGAAAAUGGAAAUCAUACAGAAGAAACAGCCAACGAAGAAAAUAGUCCAGAUGCAAAUAAAAAUGCUGAUACUGCAGACAAAAAUGAAACUGAAACUAAUAGUGAAGAAAAAUCAGGAGAAAACAUAAGCAGCAUCCAAAAUUUCGAAGGAAAAACAGUUGCUGAAGUAGGAAGCGGGAAAUUAGCCAAUGCCGAUGACACGCAGUCACAUGAAGAAGAGCAUCCAAGCGGAAAGAAUGACGGCUUAGAGAAUACAGAAGACGCAUCUGAGGAAAAAGAAGAUAAAAGCAAAAUUGAAGAACAGGAAAAAUCAAAGGAGGGUAUAGAUGAAACCGAAAGCAAAAAUCUUACUACCGAGGACGAAGAAAUAUCCGAUGAAAAAGAAAAAUCAGACAAGCACCAAGUUGAAAAUGAUGCAACGGACAGCCAGAAUGAAAACGAGAAACUAAAUGAAAAUGAAAUUGAGCAAGAUAAAGAAAAUGUGCGUGAUAUAAAAUCUGAUGCAAACGCUAAUGCACCAGAGGAGAGUGAAGAGCCAAAAAUUGCAGAAAAUACCUCAAAUCCUGAAGAUGAAACCACCAAGAAAGAGGAAGAUAGUGAGCUUAAGAAUGAAGAGCCAGAAGGAACAGAAAGUUCUACAAAUACUGACGAAAACCAGAACGUAAACACGGCUGAUGAUUCAGCUCAUCAAACAAAAGACCAUCUAGAUGAAUUAAUUGAGCACUGGAUAAGAGAAGGAGAUCUCCUGCGGUUAGAACAUGUCGUCCUUGCUGGACAAGGUGAUAGACUUAUAGAAAGAACAUCUGAUGACAAACAAGUUCAGGAUUUCUUAGACCUUGUUCCUAUCUAUAUG